GAUCUGUCAAAUUGUUGGUGACGUUUGCGAGUUUUCGACAAGUGUGAAAUUGCGACUAACAGGCAUUUUGGAAAUUGUUGUAAAACCGGGUGAAUUUCCCGGUAUUUGUGUCUUAGUUUAGUGGUACAUGAUUAUGUGGACUUUGUCUUUUCAAGUGUACAACUUAUGAUAGUUUUCGUUGAGAAAAUUACAUUAAAUAGACACAAAAUUACAGCACACCAUGGGCCUAUCCUUGUAUGUGGUUUGCGCACUUCUGCUGUUGACACCUAUUAGGGCUUUUUAUUUACCCGGACUAGCGCCCGUGAAUUACUGCAAGGCCGGUGAAGAUAAUGGGAAAUCAUGUAAAAAUGAGAUACCCCUCUACGUUAACAGACUUAACACAGAAGAAUCUGUCAUACCGUUUGAGUAUCACCACUUUGACUUCUGCCUCUCUGACGAAACCCAGUCACCAGUUGAGAACCUUGGUCAAGUAGUCUUUGGAGAGAGGAUCAGACCAAGUCCCUACAAACUGAGUUUUCUCCACAAUGAGAAUUGUCGAGCCCUAUGUGAAAAGAAAUACAGAGCGUCAGAUCCUGAGUCUAUUAAGAAGUUGAACCUCCUUAAAAUGGGAAUGGCGCUUUAUUACCAACACCACUGGAUCCUGGACAAUAUGCCUGUGACUUGGUGUUACUUAGUAAAUGAAGGAGGAAAGACUUACUGCAGUACUGGGUUCCCUAUGGGUUGCCAAGUCAGAAAAGAUUUGGAUACUUGCACACCCAUAGUGAAUACAGCACAGAGUGCAUACGGCACCUACUAUCUGUUCAACCAUGUUGAUCUGGAGAUCACAUACCACAGUGGCAGGGAAGAGGAGUGGGAUGUGGGUGUUGGUGAUAACGGCGGACGGAUUAUAUCUGCUAAGGUUAAACCAGCCAGUAUCAAACACCAAAAACAAGAGAACAUGGAUUGUAACGCACGGAACAACCCGCUCAUCAUACCAAGCGCACUUACCAAAGAUGAAUUCAACAUAAUAUACUCUUACCGUGUUACCUACAUCAAGAACAACACCAUUAAAUGGUCAUCAAGAUGGGAUUAUAUACUUGAGUCUAUGCCACAGACUAAUAUACAAUGGUUCUCUAUAUUGAAUUCUCUGGUCAUUGUGCUGUUCCUUAGUGGUAUGGUUGCAAUGAUCUUGUUGAGGACUCUGCAUAAGGAUAUCGCUAGAUACAAUCAAAUGGAAUGUGGGGAAGAUGCACAGGAGGAGUUUGGUUGGAAACUCGUCCAUGGAGAUGUAUUUAGACCACCGCGACGCGGUAUGUUACUGGCCGUAUUCCUCGGGUCAGGAUCGCAGGUCUUCGGUAUGACGCUGGUAACACUCGCGUUCGCUUGCCUGGGCUUCUUGUCCCCUGCGAACCGCGGUGCGUUGAUGACGUGCGCGCUCGUGGCCUGGGUGCUGCUGGGCGCGGCCGCGGGCUACGUCAGCGCCAGGGUCUACAAGAGCUUCGGCGGCCGACGGUGGAAGAGCAACAUCCUGCUCACCUCCAUGGUUUGUCCAGGUGUGGUGUUCUCCCUUUUCUUCAUCAUGAACCUGGUGCUGUGGGGCAAGGGCUCCUCCGCUGCAGUACCAUUCUCCACUCUGGUUGCAUUGUUGGCCCUCUGGUUUGGAGUCUCCGUGCCUCUCACCUUUAUUGGCGCUUACUUCGGCUUUAGGAAACGGAUUCUGGAGCACCCAGUCCGCACCAACCAAAUUCCACGUCAAAUCCCCGAGCAGUCUCUGUACACACAACCCGUGCCCGGAAUCGUGAUGGGCGGCGUGUUACCCUUCGGUUGCAUCUUCAUACAACUGUUCUUCAUACUCAACUCUCUCUGGUCCAGUCAGAUGUACUACAUGUUCGGUUUCCUGUUCCUCGUGUUUGUGAUCUUAGUCAUCACUUGCUCAGAGACCACCAUUCUGCUCUGCUACUUUCACCUCUGCGCGGAGGACUACCACUGGUGGUGGCGCGCCUUCCUCAGCUCGGGCUCCACCGCCGGCUACCUCUUCAUCUACUGCUGCCAUUACUUCGUCACCAAACUCAACAUCGACGACGCGGCCUCCACUUUCCUCUACUUCGGCUACACCUUCAUUAUGGUCUUCUUGUUCUUCCUUCUCACCGGCACUAUAGGCUUCAUGGCUUGUUUCUGGUUCGUCAGGAAGAUAUACAGUGUCGUGAAAGUUGAUUAGCUUAGUUUCUAGUGUAGUGUUUAAGGAACAUUGCGUUGGUACAGCGGACUGUUGUGUGGUUGACGUUAAAGGCUUUCUUUGUGUGUUCACAUUAUAUGAUACUAUUUAAAUAUAGUGCGCAAGAUCGUUGG